CCAAAUGUCAUCUGUCAAGUAUAUUAGUCAUUCACAUCAAACUCGACUGAGAAAUAUGGGUAUUUAUUGAUUUUCACAUAACAAUCCAGUUGAAUUGCAUUUUUUGUCCGUGGUAUGACGACUAAAUACCGUAGAAAUUUCGAAAUUCGAUAAAAACAAUCGAUUCAGUGAAGUUUAUUCCGUCGCAAAAAUCCCUAAAAAAAGAGAGUAGCUCAACAUAUUUCAUGUGAGUGGAAAAAAAGAACAAUUACAUUGAAGGCGAGAGAGAGAGAGAGAGAGAGAGAAAAGUAAAUUGUGUGAGUAAUCGAUACGACAAGAGAAAAGUGGCGUAAACAUAUCCGAAAACAUUUGGUCGAAAAAAAAUCGAAGGAGAAGAAGAAACGUCAGCAUUCAAUUGGUGAUCAUCGAUACAACCGAGUUCGUCGAUCCAAAACCCAGUCAAAAUGCCAGGCAGCGAUGUGGUGGAAAACAAUGUAAAAUCGAAACGACCUUCAGGCUCAGCGUUCAAGCAACAACGACUUCCAGCAUGGCAACCGAUGUUAACCGCUGGUACCGUAUUGCCAUCAUUCUUCAUCAUUGGCAUUGCAUUUAUCCCGGUGGGCAUUGGUCUGUUGAUAUUCUCGGGAAAUGUUAGCGAACAUGUGAUCGACUAUACAUACGAUUGCUACGAUAUCACACGGCCGGGGGAGAAUAUAACAUGUGAUAGCGUUUUAAAAGCUAGCACAAUGAAAAAUAUAACGUGCAAAUGCAAGAUCGAUUUCACACUCACCAAAGAUUUUCCGGGUGAAGUGUACAUGUACUAUGGCCUAACGAAUUUCUAUCAAAACCAUCGACGUUAUGUAAAAUCACGAGAUGAUGACCAAUUGCUCGGACACUUAUCAAAGGAUCCGUCAUCGGAUUGUGAUCCAUUCCUAAAGAAUAAUGGAUUACCAAUUGCACCAUGUGGAGCCAUAGCCAAUUCAUUGUUUAACGAUACGCUAAACAUUACUUGGCAUAAUAACGAUGGCAGCGAUUAUCCAGUACCAUUGCUGCGAACAGGCAUCGCAUGGACAUCCGACAAAGAAAUCAAAUUUGCCAAUCCGGGUGGUGAUCUAAAAACAGCACUGCAAAACUUUUCCAAACCAAUUGCAUGGUCAAAGGAAUUGUACGAAUUGGAUGACGAUCCAACAAAUAAUGGUUUCCAAAAUGAAGACCUCAUCGUUUGGAUGCGUACCGCAGCCUUGCCCAAUUUCCGUAAACUUUAUCGACGCAUCAAUAACGCGGUGAAAAUGUUUGAUAAUGGCUUAAAACAAGGCAACUACACAUUGUUUGUCGACUAUCAAUAUCCAGUGACCGCAUUUGACGGUCGCAAACUCAUGAUUUUAUCGACCACAUCGAUAAUUGGUGGAAAAAAUCCAUUCUUGGGCAUUGCAUACAUUGUCGUUGGUUCGGUGUGCUUUGUGUUGGGCGUCGUUUUGCUAAUCAUCCACAUUAAAUACGCCAAAAAUACAACGGAAAUGAUAAACGUGAACCCGCGUACAUCGUACACAUAAAAACGUUAAUGCACCGAGCACUUGUAGAGCACACGACACUUUCGAUUGAUGAAGAAAAAGAACAACACAUCAAGUAUGUAUGAGACGGAGAAGGUGAAUAACGCAGCCAAUGGUUAAAAUAAAAUAUUCAAACAAUGAGGUGAUACAUAAUGCCUUAUACGCAGACAAUAUGAUAUCACCACGACACAGCUGCUCUUUUUUUUCAUUCCAUUGAUGCUGCUGUCGUCGUUGUUAUUACUAUUGAGGUGCUGUGACAUGACAAGACCUCGACUAACAUACAUGUAGACCAAUCAAUAAAAAGCUAUCUUCUACCAUCUCUCUAUCACUCUAUCUAUGUAUGUGCUUGUAUAAUUAUGAAAUUUAAAAUGAAACACAAAUUUUAUGCAACAGAAUUUGGAUCGAAGAGAGAAAAAAAAAACGUACUUGAUAUAUAAAAACCAUUUGCCUUAAAUAAAAACCAAAUAUAUUUUGACCGAUUGCGAUGUGUUGUGAUUCACAAGCCGCAGAUACAUUCGGUUCAAACAGAUAACAACUACUUACGAUUUUUUAUACAUUUUAUUAAAUAUUUUAAUAUACGUGUGUCUUUUCUUGUCAUAUCGAAUGAUACAAGCUUGAUGGAUAUAUGCAAUUAGAGCUACACAAAAACCUAAACAAAAAACAAACAGAGAAAAACAAACAACAGACAACUAUUUAGACCUAUUGUAUCUGUAUGUGUUUUCAUAUUAUUUAUUGUUGUUGAACAUAUUAUUUUGUAAAAUGAAGCUUUAAUUUAGGUACACUUUGUAGGAAAUUUUUAGUGUAAGAUGUAUAGAGAAAAACUUGUAAACAUAAAAAUUUCCCAAACAUUCAUUGCAAUUCCAUUUGCAUUGGAUUUUCUUGACGAAUUUCAAAUUGGAAAUUUUUUUGGCCUUUUUAAUUUUUUCAGUCGAUCAAAUCAAAGUUCAAUCAGGCCAAACAGAAAUUAAAACAAACCAAAAUUGGAAUCUAAUGGAAAAUUAAUGAAAUUUUUAAGCAAACAUUUAAUAAACGUUGAUUUAAUACAAAAAUGAAAAGAAAAA